UCCAUCAUUGUUCGUGAUACAAAACUCGAAAAUGCGUUAGAUAGGAGCAAUUUGGCGUCUUCUCUCGUCCCUUCUCCCUUCUUAUUUCCUCUGCUUUUGUUCGGCUGGUCUCUCAUACCAGUUCUUGGCUGUAAAAAAAAUCACUUUUUGGGGCAUCUUGCACGAUGAGGUUGGCCAGAAUUCUCCCGGCAUGCUUUCUCGUCGCCAUUUUGGCCACCGUCACGCUUCCGACCUCGGCGGACGGCCUUUUCAGGAUCAGAUUGACCAAGAGGCCGCUGGACCGGACCGACCGGCUCGCCGCCCGUCUCUCUCGUGGCGCUGAGGGGGUCGGUGCUCUGGAAACUCGUACGUACGACCGUCUGCGAGGGAGUCUCGGGCUCAAGCACGGGCCGGAUGGUCCGGACGGGCCUGUGGGGCCUGACAGUGGCAACAUUGUCUCCCUCAAGAACUACAUGAACGCUCAGUACUUUGGCGAGAUCGGCAUCGGCUCUCCGUCGCAGAACUUUACGGUGAUCUUUGACACAGGGAGCUCCAAUUUGUGGGUGCCUUCUGCCAAGUGCUAUUUCUCAGUUGCCUGCUAUUUCCAUCCCAAAUACAAGUCAAGCCAAUCUAGCACCUAUCGGAAGGAUGGGAAGUCUGCAAGUAUUCACUAUGGUAGUGGAUCAAUAUCAGGUUUCUUUAGUCAAGAUCAUGUCACAGUUGGUGACAUUGUCAUCAUGGAUCAGGCAUUUAUUGAAGCCACUAAAGAGCCGAGCACAACCUUUUUGAUGGCAAAAUUUGAUGGAAUACUAGGGCUUGGAUUCCAAGAAAUCUCAGUUGACAAUGCAGCGCCUUUAUGGUAUAACAUAGUCAAUCAAAGUCUUGUAAAAGAGCCAAUUUUCUCGUUCUGGUUCAACCGUGAUGCAACUGAAGGAGUGGGAGGUGAAGUUGUUUUUGGAGGGACUGACCGACGGCAUUACAAAGGCGAACACGCAUAUGUUCCUAUAACUCAGAAGGGGUAUUGGCAGUUUGACAUGGAAGAUGUCCUUCUUGGUGGUCAAACAACUGGAUUCUGUUCUGGAGGUUGUUCUGCAAUUGUUGAUUCUGGUACUUCACUGAUUGCUGGUCCAACAACUGUUAUUACACAAAUUAACCAGAAAAUUGGAGCUGAUGGCGUUGUUAACCAACAGUGCAAAACAGUAGUUACACAAUAUGGUGAAAAGAUUAUGGAUUUGUUGGUGAACAAGGAACAACCAGCAAAGAUUUGUUCACAGAUUGGUCUCUGUGCUUUUGAUGGAAGUCAAGGGGUUAGUUUGCAAAUCAAGAGCGUCGUUGACAAGAGAGUUGAGAAAUUAGUUACUUCUUCUAGAGACAAUAUGUGUGCCUAUUGUGAAAUGGCAGUCAUAUGGAUGCAAAAUCAGCUCAAACUGAACCAGUCACUGGAGCAGAUGUUGGACUAUCUCAAUGAGUUAUGCGAGCGAAUACCUAAUCCAAUGGGAGAAUCAGCUGUUGACUGUGACAGUCUGUCCUCCAUGCCUGUUAUUUCAUUCAACAUCGGUGGAAGGAGUUUUGACCUCAAACCUGAACAGUAUAUCCUUGAAGUUUCAACUGGAGAUUCUAAGCAAUGUAUCAGUGGAUUUCAGGCGAUUGAUGUAUCUCAAGGUCCACUUUGGAUACUUGGUGAUAUCUUCAUGGGAGUGUAUCAUACUGUGUUCGAUUACGGAAAACUCCAAAUUGGAUUUGCAGAAGCAGCUUGAGGGUAGUUUACAGACUUUCCAUAUAUCUGCCACUAGAUCAUAGAUAUUUAAGUAUGACUUUCUGCCCAUCUGCGUAAGUUAGCUGGUUUGAAUGUAUAUAGGUGUGUUUCCAUUUAUCUUGCUUAUUGUAAUAUCACAGCACGCCAGUCUAUGCCACCUUGCAUGAAUUUGGUGAGAGCUAUGCUAUUAUUAUGGAUAUUUUGUUCUUGAGGAAUUAAUGAACUAAUAACUAA